UUUUAGUGACAACCAACAUGGCGGGAGAUUGAUUUCCGGUUAUUAAUUUUUCUCCGUGUGGCAUGCAGACAUGAAGUACAACCCUGAAUAAUUGGCUUCAUCAUCAUGAUCAUGGUUUAUAUGAUCAAACUAUGUUUAUCAGUUUCUGGACAUGGCUGAAUUGUCACUUGUCAGUGUAGUCCUGUUCAUAUCAUCAGGGGGCUUGGUUUUUAUCCUACUGUUCCUGUUUGCCAAGCGUCAGAUAACCAGAUUUACUCUCAAAUCUGCAAGAAGACCCCAUGUCAACAUUGGAACAGAUGCACCCAAGAUUAUGCGACAGGAGAUCAAGCGGCGCCUGGAUCGGGUGGAGCAUCUUAUGUAUGAGCCAAUGCUGCUGACCGAGAGAGUCCAGCUUGUGGCUUCCUCAGUUCCCAAUCAUUACUACUACAGAAUGAAGGCUCUUGAUGCUUACACAAAUGCAAUCGAGAGUCUGCGAGAGAACGAGCCAACGAUGGAGGUGCGACACCCGACACAGACUAUCCGACAGUACCUGUUCUCCCUGUGUCCUUCAGCCAUCACAGGACCCGCCCAUAAGUCGGACAUCAUCCACCGCUUCUCCGACGGCUAUGUACAGGCCAGGCAUGACCCAGCUGUGUUUGAAGGAGAGCAGUUCGUCAACUACAUGGAGCUGCUGGACCAGGUGAUUCGCCUCAUCAAACAGGAUGCUAACAACCGCAGCAGCACGGCGGUAUGGUUUGGCAAGAAUCUCAAGGACACAGAAGUGAUCUUCCAACCAGGGAAAAAGGGGUUUGAAGAUGGCAGAGUUACCGUCCAAGCCUCCAAGUCUCACAAAGACACAGAACCAAAGACAGAGACCCGGAACCGGCGCCCAGACAGUCUGGAGCAUAUCAACCUCGUGGACAGUGGCAAGUCCAGUGGCUACAGCAGCACGGACAGGUCAAGCAGCAGUAGGGGUAGUGUGGAGAAACUGAUCCCUGUCCGAGAAGCGGAAAAGGAGGAUCCUGUUUAAAGACAGCUGGUGUAACUGGGGUUUUUUCAGGGAGGUAGGAUUAUAGGAGGGUUGGUUAUAUGUUUGUUGAAGAUGUAUGAUGUGUUUAGUUAUUUAUUAUCAAGUGUUUUAGAGGUCAGUUUAGUUGGCAAUAUCAUGUACAUGAUUAUGAUCAUAUUGAGAAACUCCAAACUCUUGUUUGGCUUUGUAGAAAUGUGGUGUACUUGUUUGAACACAUGACAGAUGCAAUAUGACACAUUCUUUGAGAAUUGUAAGUCAAAAUUUACUCAUUUAAAACCAGCCUAGCACGACUGGCAGUUUUUGUCACCGUGUUAUGUGAAAGGUCCUCUUUCUAACUUUCACAUCUCCUUUAGAGUGUACAGCAGGCGUAGAGGGAAAAUGAGACAUGGUGACUUUCUUCUUGACAAACCGUAUUAACGUGAAAAAAAGAUAUUCUGGUCUUCUCUUGUUUGUGUGGUGGCAAGUGGUCCUGUGCACAGCGCCCAGGUCACAAAUCAGGUGUGUGAAGCCCAUUUCUGGUGUCCCCCGCUGUGAUAUUGCUGGAAUAUUGCUAAAAGCAGCGUAAAACCAUACUCACUCACUCACUCCCACAUCAGGUGGUGGUAAGCAAUAUUGGUCAUGGAGAGUGGGUGGAUGGGUGACCAUGGUGACCGAGUUUGGCAGUUUUCAAUUGUUGGGUCCUGCCCCACACUGAAGCAUUUGUGGCAUGUGGUGUCUCUUCAGGUAAGUGACUCUGUUCAAGAUGAGCAUUCACUGACUGGAAUUUGGCACAUUAUUCAAGAACAUAUUAUGAUUACUGUUACACAGGAAGAUCAUUUAUAAACAUGUCAAUGUCAGUGUCACCGUUUAACAAUUGUUUUGAAUAAGAUUAACAUGAGCACUGUUCCUUUCCACUUCUGCUGGAGCUGGAGAUUUAAAUACUAUUCUUAUCUUGAUUUUGUGUAGGUAGAACAACAUUCUCUAGUUAUUUGGUUUUUUUUUAUAAUUUUGGAAUAAAAGGAUGUGACUACUAUCAAAGAUAAACAAACAACUAGUGAAUGUUGUCACAUCCUUUUAUUCCAAGGAGAGUGUUUUAGGGUUUGGGGUUGUCAGCAUAUAUAUCGACCAAUCUCGCAGUAGUUAAGCGACUGUUAUUGUAUGAUAGCCGGCACAACUGCACAAGUUAUCUUUUUGUCGUAAUUGAUUUUAUGGAGAACAUAUAGAAGUAUAUUUCCUCAGUCAAAAGUUCUUUUGAUAUUAGGGGGCACGGGUGGCCCAGCCUAAGGCCCCGCGAUUCGCUGUGCAGAGUUGCGUCCCUUAGGCACGCCAGAAACCUAUGAUUGUGGGUUUCGAAUCCUGGUUCGCCCCGAUUG